AUGAAAGGAGGCUUGAGGCGGAGUAGUCUCAGGCGGGUACUCUGGCUGCGUGUUUUGGUCGUUUGUUUGUGGUUCUCGGCCCGUAUUUGGGUUUUGGUAGGCGCAGGGGCACCGGCUUAUCCCGUGCGGUGGACCUGGAUAGGUGGAGAAACUAGUGUCAACAAUUAUGGGAAGUAUGGUACGCUGAACGUGGCGUCCUCGAAUAACGUCCCAGGCGGUCGCCACUACUCCUCGACCUGGGUUGGAAGCCCCGGCGUUUUGUACCUUUUUGGUGGCUUUGGAUACGCGAACUCCUCUGGAGGUUAUCUUAACGAUCUGUGGAGACUGAACGUUACCUCGCUCGAGUGGGCAUGGAUCGGCGGAUCUAUGGACAUUUAUGUGCCUGGAAACUAUGGUACACUUGGAGUCGGAAGCGCCCUCAAUAUUCCGGGCGCAAGGGAGGCCAGUGCAUUCUGGCGUGCAGACGAGGAGCAUUUCUGGUUGUUUGGAGGCUACGGAUUGGAUGGAAAUGGUAAUAUCGGUUGCCUUAACGACAUGUGGCAGUACGACACAGUUAGUGGAAACUGGACCUGGGUAGACGGCAACGAUACAAUCAAUGCCUUACCCACGUACGGGCCAAUGGGUUCCUACGAUCCCUCUUACAACCCUGGGGCUCGCUUAAAGGCAGCGUUCUGGCUGGGCGCAGAUGGAAACUUCUGGUUGUUUGGAGGUGAGAAUUGCUAUUCGUACCUGUUUUCAGACCUUUGGUGCUUCAACAGAUCCUUAUCACUGUGGGCAUAUAUGGGUGGGUCACAAUCGGUAAACCAGCCUGGCAAUUACAGUGAACCUGAUAUUGCCAAUAGAUCGAAUGCUCCCGGAGCUCGCCAGGGUGCAAUUACAUGGACGGAUUCAAAAGCCAAUCUGUGGAUGUUUGGUGGGUUUGGUUAUGGAAAUGGUUCGGAAUCUUAUCCAGGAUUUUUGAAUGAUCUUUGGUUUUAUAACAUUAGUACGUCCAUAUGGACGUUUGUCGCAGGCAAUACCACGAUCUCGAUCCCUGGAUCGUAUAUCAUAUUUGGCAAUACCGAUGCUGCAAGCUAUCCUGGAUCCCGCGAGUAUGGAGUUGGCUUCAUUGACGCUUCAGGAAAUCUACAGCUUUUUGGUGGUGAAGGGUACGGGAACAGUAGUAGCGAAAGCGGCGAUCUGAACGAUCUUUGGUUGUUUAACGUGGAGCAGCGCCAGUGGGCUUGGAUCAAUGGUAGCGCAGUCAUUAAUGCCCCCGCUGAUUACGGAAUGUUUAGGACUUUCAGUCCCAGCGUCGUUCCCGGUGCUCGGUAUGGAUCUGCUCUCUGGAAUACAACUGAAAGCGGCAUGAUACUGUUCGGAGGAUUCGGAUACUCGAACACAAGUGAAGGAAAGGGAGAGCUCAAUGAUAUAUUCAUGCUCAGCGAAUCAAUGAUUACCCCUUCCCCGACACCGACGCCGACACCGACGCCGACACCGACGCCGACACCGACGCCGACACCAACCUCAACCUCAACGCCUACAGCGACACCGACUGCGUCGGCGACUCCAUCACUCUCAGCGACACCGUCCACAGCAGCGAAUGUCACGAAAAUUCCUAUCAAUGGCGGCACCACGAUCUGCUUCCCGGAGGAUGCCACUGUGCUGAUCGAUCGUCUGGGCAGUAUUCGGCCGAUGAGUGAGUUGCGCUCGGGUAUGAGUGUGAUUGGGGCCGAUAGAAGUGGACAGCUGCUAGAGGAUACUAUACUUGGAUGGUUGCACAAAGAGCCUGGCGCAACCGCGGAGGUCCUACUUAUUAAGACGUUAUCAGGGAAGCAGUUGCGCUUGACGAGUCAGCAUUUAGUGUACCGUAUGCACGCAAGCAUGAGAGUCCGGGAUUUUGGGAUGACCCCUUUUUCAGAUCUUUUACGUCACCAGCAGACAAUACAUCAGAGGCCCGAGCUGGAGAGCCUCGCCCUCGAGGCAGUUUUUGCAGAACAUAUACGCAUAGGCGACGCCCUUCUCGAUGCCGCUGCCCAUAGAGCGGACCCUGUCGUCGCGAUCGACACUUAUGUAACGCGUGAGGGAGUCUAUGCGCCACUAACGCGUUCCGGACGCCUCGUGGUUGAUGGUCUACUCGUAAGCUGCUACGGCACGUACGCCUCGCAAGAGGUCGCCCACGCUGUGCUAUGGCCUGCGCGGGUAGAUGUGCUGCGCACCAUGUGCGGUUCAGCGCUCGGUUCAGACAGUACUGCGUCUAUCAUGCCGUACGCGGAAAGGCUCUACCGCAUAUACGCAAGUGCAGCGCAAAUAUUGGAGAAGGCUCGCGUGAUUGUUAUAGGUGCUGCCUGCUGA